CUGCGCAAGUUCGCCAAGGUCAUGGCCAAUCCGCAGCUCUUUGAUCAUAUGAAGCAAAUCGCGGCUGAGCUGUUCUGUCCUGAAAGCACAGCAUUCCAUGAGCAGUACACAGCGCUUCAGAACGAUGUUCGGAAAGCAUAUAUGGAAGCGAAUCCGAACAUGGAUAUGGUCUCAAUUGUAAUGUCCACGAGGCCAAGCGAAACCCUGUCUGUGAGCGCGACCGUCUCGUCCGAUCAAUCGAAAACAAUCAUACGCUCCGCUUCCAGCAGAACCAUCUCGACUACUACAGAUCCGGCCCUGUCAAGCCAUGACGUACCACGGGACUGGCCGAUCCCCAAGCCUUUGUUUGGGAGAUUUGCAGGGCUGUACCAGACCUUUAUCCGGCGCGGCUGCGCCCACGAAGUCAACCUCUCCAGCUCGGUGCGCUCUGAUAUUUUAGCUGUGUUCGAGUGCUUAAAGUCCGACGAAGACAAGGUCAAAAUGGCUUCCAAGCUGGUUGUCGGCGUCUUUGACAGUGCCCAUCGGGAAGUUUACUUGGACAUUCUCCACAAUCUCUUCCCGAUAUACAAGAAGCGAUUUGGAUGAAUCCAUAGAUCCGUAGCUUUGGUGGCCGCGAGUCCCAUGGCCGGCGAUCCGAGUGGAAUGGGCACCGCUAAAGCAAAUCCGUGCCAGCUCCAAAGAUCGCUCAACAUUUGGAGCUAAUGGCAAGUGUCUCGCCUGCAUGAAACGAAGCACUGGUAUGCACAAUGGCCGCGGCAAGGGCGACAAUCAAUGGCCCAAAUAGGCGCCCAUCUGCUGCCGCUCCUGAA